CACUAAAUGAAAAAGACUCUGCAGAAAGAAAAAAUUAGAAGAAAAAAAUUGCGUAGCCAUUUAAGGUAGUUAACAUUGUUCUUAUCCAAACCUGGAACACAAACACCAAACUACCUGGUUUUUGAGCUUCCCAUCCAUGGAUAUUCUUCUCAAAUCAAGCUUUCCAAUCGUCACUGCAAACCCAAAAUUCCUUACACCAAAGCCUGUUAAGCUUAAACCCUUCAAGGUCUCCAUCAAACCCCCACCACCAGACUUCGAUUUUAGGGCAGACAUCUUAGCAGAGUCAGCUGCCAGAAUCGGAAAAACUCAUCCUCAGCUGGCGGACUUGGCAGAGAAUGGGACGUUGGUGUUGGUUGAGAAGCGGCAGUUCGGUCCUGUUCCUGCCUGGAGGACCGAGUUUGUGGAACCAGAGGCGAUAUGGCUGGUGGGUACCAGUCAUAUAUCGCAGGAAUCAGGUGCUGACGUGGAGCGUGUUGUGAGGGCAGUCAGGCCUGACAGUGUAGUGGUUGAACUCUGCAGGAGCAGAGCUGGGAUCAUGUACACAUCCAAUGAUGUUGACAAUGGCCAGCAAUUACGGUCAAAUAUAUUUUCUUUGAGUGGAACUGGGUUUUUUGGUGCUGUUGGUCGUAGCAUAAACUUGGGAGGUCAAACUGCUCUAGCAUUGCGUCUACUUUUCGCACUUUUCUCUUCCAAAAUAUCCUCUGAUGUCAACCGUCCUUUUGGAGAUGAGUUCCGUGCUGCUCGAAAAGCAUCUGAGGAAAUUGGUGCUCAAAUGGUUUUGGGGGAUCGUCCAAUUGAAAUAACUCUUGAAAGGGCUUGGAAUUCUCUGAAGUGGAGUGAGAAAUUUAGUCUAGUGCUUUCAGUCGUUCGUGGGAUAACGUCACCAUCAUUUGAUAUAUCUAGGAAUGAUUUCAAGGAACAGAACAGUGAAAAUGACACCUUUCAGCUUUAUGAGCAGUUAAGCUUCUCCUAUCCAUCACUUCUUCAGCCUCUCAUACAUGAGCGAGACACUUAUAUCGCGUGGUCUCUAAAGCGGAGCAAAGCUGUGAAUAACUGUAAGACGGUGGUAGGGGUGAUUGGAAAGGGGCACAUGAAUGGUGUGAUAUAUGCAUUAGUAUCAGAUCAGGGAAACCUGCGGUUUAGAGACCUUGCAGGUAAGACUUCAUCUGAGGCUGAGUCUAAUGGCUGGGUUGAAGGUCUUCUCAAGAGCUUGGCCAGAGACACGUUGAUUGGCAUCGUGUUGUGGGCAUUAUAUGAACAGAUUAAAGCUGCAUUGUAGCAUGCAUACAGAUUUAUUAUAUGAUCAGAUUCAAAAUUGAAGGUACAAAAGAAAUAGAAGAAGAAUUUAAUCAUCCUUUGUUACUAACUUUUUCUUUUGCAAUUCAUGUGAUUCAGUAAAAUAAUUAGCAAUAAUAUAAAAAUUAAAGUUUGAUUUGUUAAUUUAUAGAGAUUAGAGAAGCUCUUCAAUUUGUAAGAUGACUCUCUUGUCUAACCAACUAGAAUUUAUACAUGGAUAUAUAGGCGUCCUAAUUAGUAUUUAUCCUACAAAAAAGUGU